CACCCCUGAAAUACCUACAUUUUUGUGGUGUGAUUUAAUUAUUUUUUCUGGUUCUUACCUAAAAAAAUAGAAAGAAACUGUUUUUAAAACCAAAUAUACUUUCAAAUACGUGGUUAUAAACUUCAGGAACUGUGUGUAUUAUGUGAAUGUAGUGAGAAAGUGUAAUAAACUGUUGUUGAUCAUCCAGUUGGAACCAUGGAGGUGUCCCACUCCCUCACGUUGAAUGAGGCCGCGUUGCAGCAGCUGCCGGAUGAUAAGAAGCCCCAUUUCAUAUUUGAAUGGCUCCGUUUUUUGGACAAAGUCCUAGUGGCUGCUCAUAAGUCGGACAUAAAAAGCUGCCAGCAGAAGUUAGUCGCGCAACUCCUAAACCUACUUCGCGAGUCGCUCGGCGCUCCGGCUCGUCGUCUACUCGCCCGAUGCUUGGCAACGCUGUUCUCAGUCGGCGACACGUUCCUGCUGUUUGACACUGUCAACAAGUGCAAUGACAUCAUCAAAGUGAAGGAUGACUCGCCUUCGUACUUGCCGACGAGAUUGGCCGCCAUCUGCUGCCUCGGCAGUAUGUACGAGAAACUCGGGCGCAUGAUGGGGCGGUCCUAUGAAGAGACCGUGGCCACGUUGAUCCGAUCUUUGAAGAGCGCCGAGUCCCAAACCAGGCUGGAGAUCAUGAAUACUCUUGAAAAGAUCUGCGUAGGUAUGGGCACAGCUGCCGGUAGUUCCCUGCGUGAAGUAUCACGCGCAGCGCGAACCUCUCUAUCCAGCGAACGCGCGUCUGUUGUUCGCGCGGGCGCGGCGCACACGCUGCGACGAUUGCUGCCGCUGAUGAAGCUGACGCCUGCUGACGUGGAUGCCAUAGCCGCUGCUUGCUUGAGAGCGGCCCACCCUAGCGACUAUGCGCUCAGAUGUGCCAUUGCUGAACUUCUCGGCGCUUUAAUGGCGGCAACACAAGCAGGAGAAGCUACAAACCUAAACAGUAAAUUGAAAGUCGGAGCUCAAUCAGUUCAACAAAACAAAAAGGAUCCGCCAAAGAACGUGGUGUCACUAGAAGAAGCGUUAAACUUACUGAUGGGCGCAUUCUUGAGAGGAGGCACUUCGUUCCUCAAGGGAGAAAUCAUCAAGUCUGGCUCGGGAGUGAAUAGGGAGGUCCGAGUUUGCGUGACACAUGCGUACGUGAUCUUCGUCCAAAACAUGGGUGGAGUGUGGCUAGAACGGAACAUGACGACGUUCCUAACACAUGUCUUGGACUUGGUGGCCAACCCGAAGGCAGCUAGCUCGCACGUCGACGCAGUUUAUUCAAGAAAGUGUAUAAACUACAUUCUCCGCAAUACACUAGGCUCCAUGCUCGGCGAGAAGGCACAAGCGGCGGCCUGUCGCGCGCUCGCUCACACGCUGCUGCAGCAGAUGGCCAGUAUCGACUUCAACCCCGAGAACGCCAAGGACUGCAACCAGGAAACACUAUUCAGCCAGCAUUUGCUUGUAUGCGCAUUGACGGAAAUAGGAGAGCUGUCUUUGCAGCUUGGCACCUCGGUGCAGAAUCUCAUCUCGGACACUUCGCUUAACAUGAUCAAUGCUAUAUUCUCUGUGCUAGAACAUCCUUGUGCAGCCGCUCGCCUUGCCGCAGCAAGAUGUGCACGAUGCGUAUGCGUUGCUCUCCCGUCGCAGUUAACGCCACUACUAGAUGCCUGUUGUACUGCGCUUGACGCGCCCAGGCCCACGCCGCACCAUAUUGCAGGAUAUUCAGCAGCGUUAGCAGCUAUACUCGGCGCGGUCCGUCUAUCGCGACUGGGCAUUCCACACGGGCGAGGAAAAAUAGCCUUUAACGCGGCGGAACAGCUGCUAAGAUCGGCUGGCCAGAGCAGCAGGUUGACCGCUGCCAGGAUCAACGCUGGCUGGCUUAUUGUUGGAGCUAUUUGUACUCUAGGAGUGCCAGUAGUGCGAGGCUUGCUGCCUAGAAUGUUGCUGCUAUGGAGAAACAGCUUCCCGCGUUCCGCUAAAGAACUGGAAUCUGAAAAAGCACGGGGUGACGCAUUUACUUGGCAGGUGACAUUAGAAGGUCGCGCGGGCGCGUUGUCAGCGCUGCACAGUUUGCUGAUUCACUGUCCAUCUCUGGUAAACAGUGACGACACGGCUAAGCGGCUGUCGCAGCCUAUUGACGGAGCCAUUGCUGUUUUGACCAACGUCGGCGGCGUAGUCCGCAACUACGGUGGAGCCCUAAAAGCCCCGGCGGCGCUCCUCCGCCUGCGACUGUACCAAGCGGCGGCAGCAUUAGCGCCCCACGCCGCCACCGCCCCUGCCGCACCUGCCCCUCCCGCGGCGCCCCUGUUGAGACUGUUGGCGGCUGAGAUCGCUGGCUCGGCUGAUCCUAGCGGAGCUAAUGUUGCUACAGGGCUCCUCAUGUCAGCAAUGCAUCCGCGCGACACUAUCCUACUUGGUGAAGAAUGCUGGAUCUAUGACACAGAUCACGCAGAAAUUGAAGAACAGCUAAUAUCGCCACUAAGCGCGCGCGGCUCAGGCGCCUUAGAACAUGACCCGUGCUGUGUGUACCGCGGCACCACGUCCCAAACACCGUCAUCGUCGGCUGCGUCGGCCGCCCAGCCUCUAGGAGUUGCGGUUAUAGACGCGGCGGUCGCUCUGUUCCCGCUCAUAUUCGCCAGGGCGGCUAACAAGCACAGGCAACAAAUGCUCGAACACUUCGCGGAAUGCAUCAAGAUGUCCAAAGGCCCGCGGCAAGAGGCGAUCCAAGUGAACGUAUACACCGCUCUGCUCCUCGCCUUGAGGACCUUGGCUGAGCAGAAGAGCUCUUUGGGACAGGAGGCUGUGAAAACUGUCGCUACUGAGUUGAUUAUUAGCGGCCUCUCAGCAACUAGCGCGACGGUUCGCGUCGCAGCCGCGUCGUGCGCAGGGCGUCUUUGCGGCUGUAUCACAGAGACUGAAGCCCAGGCAUUAGGCGACCGCGUGUUGGCUCUCGCACGCGCGUCACCCGCACGUCACACGCGCGCCGCCGCCGCCGCUGCUGUGGGCUGCGUGCAUCGCGCGCGUGGGACCGCCUCUAGCGCUGCUGCGUUACCGAUUCUGAGGACGCUGGCGCAGGACGCAGCCAGUGGCGAGUUGCAGGUGUGGUCAAUCCACGCGCUGUCAGUGCUGGCUGACGCAUCAGGCCCGAUGUUCCGCUCGCACGUGGAGUCGACGCUGCAUCUGGCCCUGAAACUACUGUUCAGUGCGCCGCCCUACUUGGAAGACCUGCACCGCAGCAUAGGGCGGCUACUGUCGGCACUGAUCACCGUCGUAGGACCGGAGCUACAAGUGUGCGCAGUGAGCCGCUUUGUGUGCGCGUGCGCAGCGCUCGGCGAAUGCGCGGGCGCGUGGGGCGGCGGCGGCGGCGCGCGCGCUGAAGCCGUGGGCUGCUUACAACAGCUGCAGAUGUUCGCGCCAGAACACAUUAGUUCGCAGCCGCUGGUGCCGCAGUUGUGUCGCGACCUAUCAAGCUCCGAGCUAGCAGUGCGCCGCGCCGCGUUAUGUUGUCUACGGCAAUUAUCGCAAAAGGAAGCCACGGAGGUGUGCAAAUAUGCACUGUUGGCUAAGGACCACGUGCCGGCGAGGCCUUAUUGUGGUGUAGUGAUAACAGAAACAGGUCUUCCCGGCGCUCUAUUCUCGUUCCUCGAUAUGGAAAGAGACAGCACUGCUCUCUCUUACGCUAAAGACACGCUGACAUGCUGUCUGCUGGCGGCGGCUGCGCAGCGCGGGCUGAAAGACUGGCUCGCGCUGUGCAAACGUGUGCUCACUGUCACUAGGGAGGACAGCAACAAUCCAGACACGGACUUAGAAGCAGAAGGCGACGACGACCAAGCGGAGUUCCACGCGGACUCCGACCAAAGCACCCACCCUGCUGUGCAGUCCCGCUGGCCUACCAGGGUGUUUGCUAUGGAAUGCAUCCAGAAGAUACUGAGCGCGUGCGAAGCCACCGGUGAAAGCGCGCACUUUGACCUUGUCAAAGCUAAAGAGAAACUACAAACUAAUCCAAACGGAGACUACCUCUCAGUGCAUCUAUCAGAGUUGGUUCGCAUGUCCUUCGUUGGCGCUACGGGCGAAUCGGACGCGUUGCGACUAUGCGGCCUGAAGACGCUUCAUCAUCUGAUACACGCGUACGCUCGCGCUCCGGAACCGGACUUCCCUGGGCAUUUGUUGUUAGAGCAGUAUCAGGCACAGUACUGAAGACGCUACAUCAUCUGAUAUACGCGUACGCUCGCGCUCCGGAACCGGACUUCCCUGGGCAUUUGUUGCUAGAGCAGUAUCAGGC